UGUAUAAUAUUUGGGUCUUGGGUCUUGGGUCUUGACUCUCCACACGCUCAUCCUUCCCGCCCCUUUCUCUCUCUCUUAUUCGCUCGGUCUCUUAGAAGUUUCAUUUCUAUUCAACUCCAAUCAAAUUCUGUUUUGCCCACAGGGAUUGAAGCCUUUCUGAAGGGAAAAAAAAAGGUUUCACGAUCAAAAAUUAGUUUCUUUAUUUUGUUAUAUGCAAUUGGGAGAUAUUUCUUCGAGGAAGAUAGUUCACCUUUCGAGUUUUGGCGGUCUGGAUCGGAUCUAGUGACUUGAAUUUGAUUAGGGUUUUCUUUUUUCUUCUUUUGGAGCUAAGUUCUGAUGUGCGUUGUGCCAGUUGUUUCGAGAGGACUAUAUAGCAAGACAGGGGUUUGGGUUUGGGGAUCUGGGUUAGUCGGUGGAGGGGUGGUUUCAGUUGACUCCAUGCCAUUGAUGGUGGUCAAUGCGUAUAAUGAAGGGUGACACGUCGUGGACCUCCUGUUACAGUCUAAAUAUUCUUACGAUGGCAGCUCCGAGGAGUUUGGUUGUCGAUGUUGGAAGGCUGAGGGAUGUGGAGAAUGCGAAAGAGGAUUCUCCGACGAGUAAGAAACCGAUCGGCGCGAAAUUGGAGAGGUUUCCGUUGUCGCAUUGGGAGCUGGCUGCGGCAGCGAGUGUGUUUUUGCUUUUCUCUACCGGUCUGUUUUGUGUCUAUUUGACCAUGCCGGCAGCCGAUUAUGGCAAGAUUAAAUUGCCCCGCUCCAUUGCAGAUCUUCGAAUUCUCAAAGAUAAUAUUGCAACAUAUGCACACGAAUACCAAGCACAAUUUAUUCUAGGUUACUGCUCAACUUACAUCUUCAUGCAAACAUUUAUGAUUCCUGGCACGAUAUUCAUGUCAUUGCUAGCUGGAGCUCUUUUUGGUGUUGCCAGAGGCCUGGUCUUGGUUGUUUUCAAUGCCACAGCAGGGGCAUCAUCCUGCUAUUUCCUAUCUAAGUUAUUUGGGAGGCCUUUGGUUACCUGGAUGUGGCCUGAAAGGUUGAGAUUUUUCCAGGCAGAGAUUGCAAAACGUAGAGAAAAGCUGCUGAAUUACAUGCUUUUUUUGAGGAUAACUCCAACCUUGCCCAACACAUUUAUUAAUUUGGCAUCCCCGAUAGUCGAUAUACCUUUUCAUAUUUUCUUGCUUGCAACACUGAUUGGUCUUAUUCCAGCAUCAUAUAUUACUGUAAAAGCUGGCCUUGCUCUGGGGGAUCUGAAGUCAGUCAGGGAUCUAUAUGAUUUUAAGACUCUGGCAGUGCUCUUCCUGAUAGGAACCGUCUCUAUAUUACCAACCAUCCUGAAGAGGAAGCGGACAUAUGAAUGAAAGUUUUGUUGGUCAGGACUGUCUAAUUGUGCAUGGAAACUGACUGAUGAAAGUGCAUUUUAUGGCUAUUCACCAUGUAGGAUCUGAGAAGGCACCAAAGUGCAGGUCCUAGUUUGUGAUUAAUGGUUUUAUCAUUGAAUACUGGAGUUCAAAUCCUCUAUAGGAAUACAUCUGUGAAUGUGAUAUACGGCUUAAGAUCUUUCACCCUUUGUUUUUUCUUCUCUUAAAAUUUUAGAUGAACCAUAACUUCCUUCCAACAUUGGCUAAAGAGAUGUUUGAGCCUGAAUUUCCAUGAAAAUGUCUUGCUGUAUUUUGUUUCUACAGAGAAUGUUGGACAUUGUCGUUUUGAAAUAAUAGAUAUUACUAAUUCCUCUCU